AUGGUGGGAGAAAGGUCAGGUGUAGCUACCAGGCUGAAAGCAGAUGAAAGAAUCCAGUCGUUAAUAUCUGUCCACUGUGUUUGUCACAAACUAGCGCUGGCGUGUACCGACACUUUAAACGAUCUUGCCACAAUAAAGAAGAUGCAGAACACACUAAACACCCUUUGGCGACUCCUUGACAACUCGAACAAGAAGACAGCCAUUUUCCUGAAAGUUCAACUUGAGGUGAGUGAAAUAACUCUCUCAAACAAGAAUUCGCAGAAGAAGAUAGCUAAGAAGCUGAAGAAGGCCUGUCAGACACGAUGGCUGUCAUUUAACGCUGCCGUUCAAUCCGCUUGGGAGAUCUUCUCUGCCAUCAUCCAGUUCCUUAUCAGGAUGAAAGAUGAGGACCCCACAUGCCAGGGCCUGUUAGUUCAAAUGAACAACGUCCGCUUCCUGGCUUGCUUGUAUGUUUUAAAGCAUGUGCUUCCUGUUCUUGACAACCUGUCAAAAUCGUUUCAGCAUUCUACUGUCAAUUUCAGUCACCUUAAACCAGAAAUUGUUCGUGCUAAGGCAGCGCUGGAUGAAGUGGCAACCAAAGAAGUCCCCAUCAAGCAAUUUUGCCAAGAUAUCAAGGAAGGAAAGAUGGUGCUGCUGCAGUUUUCCCCUUCUGAGCAUCAGCUUGCAUCCAUGCGAAAUUUGUUGCUCAAGUAUGUCUCUGCUUUGAAAGAAAACAUCGACCUGAGGUUUCAGAACACCCUCCCUCUUCUGGGAGCGCUCUCCAUCUUUGAUCCAACUCUUAUUCCUGCAAGCUCUUCAGAACUUCCCUCUUACGGAGUAGAUUCUAUCCAAGUUCUUGCCAAGCACUACUUCCCCAACCAACAAGACCGACUUUUGGCAGAGUGGAAUAUAUUAAAGUACCACAUGAAGGAGAUGGCCAUUCCAGCUGAUGUAAAAGAAGGCAAUACUACCAUGCCAGCAGAGUGGUGCAUGUCCCAGCUAAUGAAACAAAGAUCUUCUUUCCUUUCUCUUCUCCCUCUCCUCAUGCACAUUGUAGAAAUAGCUCUCACGAUGCCCAUAAGCAACGCAUGGCCUGAAAGGGGAGUCAGUCGAGUUAAGCUUAUAAAGUCAAGGCUCAGGAGCAGGCUGACCAAUGAGAUGCUGGAGGCCCUUGUUAAUAUCUCUAUGAAUGGUCCAGAGGCAAAUUCUUCAGAAUGUGACACCCUG